AAAGCCCAUUGUCUGCUACCCUGUUCGACAAGACAAAAGAAAAUGGCGAGGCGACUUUGUAUCCUCCGUCCUUUCCCUUAUACCACUAUCAAUGCGUCGCCCGACGUCGCUGACGGUCGACACCGUCGCGUCCCAUGAGCUGGCUUAUGAGCUCGAUCCGUCGCCGCGCGCCUCUAUCUAUUCUGACGACGAUGUCAAGCAUGAUUUCGACGACUCGCCAACCACUUCUACCUACGAGAAGCCUGUCCCAGCAUCCCCCAUUACCAACCUCACUGCUAAGCCACCACCUCCGCCUUCUCUUCGAACACUGUUCUCUCUUAUAUCACCUCGCCGCCGCUUUUGUCUCCUUUUCCCGGCUAUCAUUUCCUCGUUCAUCUCGGGCGGCAUUGCCCCGUUUAUGACGGUCGCCAUCGGUCAGGUUUUCAAUGCAUUUGCCACCUAUCCAGCGUCGAACCCUUCUCAGGAAGCCAAGGAUACCCUCAUGCACAGCGUCGGGAUAGGUUCGCUCGAGCUGAUUGGCCUAGCCAUAGGUUCAUUGGCUUUGGGAAGUCUUACUUCUGGCCUGUGGAUCUCUACAGGUGAACACAAUGUCAUGAAUCUUCGGAAGCAUGUCUAUUCGGCCGUCACGUCGAAGAACAUGACAUGGUUUGACACGAAGAUGGGUUCAGAAGGCACUGUUCAGUGUACGGAUAACGAACAAGGUCCAGUUGGGGCCGGAGGGCUCAUGGCUAAAUUCACCAGGGAAACAGACGAAGUUCGUAUGGCUUCAUCUCUUGCCUCAGGAAGAAUCAUCCAGUAUACAACCACCUGUGUCACAUGCCUUGUUCUCGCAUUUUCACGUUCCUGGGCACUCACCCUCGUCAUCCUCGCCUCUGUCCCCGCUCUGGUUUUAGUACAAGCCUUCUCCCAGGCAGUAGCCGGUCCUCUCCUUUCUAUCGAACGAUCCCAAGAAUCCGUCGCAGCCACGCUUAUUGACCGCGCUGUGUCUGCAAUUGCUACUGUCAAAGCAUUCAAUGCAGCAUCUCAGGAACGCGACUCUCUAAGCACUGUUCUCGACCGCGUCAAAGUUGCCGACAAAAAACUCGUUGCAGUCUGGGGUCUUACGUCAGGCCUGUCGCAAUUCGUCAUGAUGUCCAUGUUCGUGCAAGCCUUUUGGUUUGGGUCGAAGCUAGUCAAGCAAGGCAAAGUGGAACCAGGGGAUGUUAUGGCCGUAUUUUGGGCUUGCCUCAUCGCGACAAGUAAUUUGCAGAUGUGCAUUCCCCAGUUCAUCACGUUGACGAAGGGAAAAUUUGCCAUGGUGGCCUUACUCGCGCUUGCUGACUCGGAAGAGACCGGUGCUCUGACUCCCGUAUCUCCAUCGUAUCAUUCCCGUGCAUCGAUCUUUUGUGGCCGCCCAGUAAGGUCGACACAUUUGCGCGGAAUCAUACCGUCCAAGUGUCAUGGCGAGAUAGCACUCCAUAACGUCACCUUCGCGUAUCCCUCCCGACCUUCCGUACCGGUCCUGCGAGACGCCUCUAUCUAUCUUCCCGCUUCAGAAACCACUUUUGUUGUAGGGGGCUCUGGAUCCGGAAAGUCGACCAUUGCGUCACUUCUCCUUCGGUUGUAUAAGCCUCGGAGCGGGCAGAUAGAACUCGACGACCAAGAUAUCGCCUACUUGGAUGACAACUGGACGACUGAACACAUAUCUGUCAUUUCCCAAAACUGUAUCCUAUUUGACAUGAGUGUUCAUGAUAAUGUUGCCAUGGGACUUGCCGGAAGUGAAACUGGGAGAAAGCCUGAACACGCGACGAGGGCAGAAGUCGUGCAGGCUUGCCAAGCCGCUAUGAUUCACGAUUUCAUCCGCGAUUUACCCGACGGAUAUGAGACGAAGCUGGGCAAUGGAGGUGCGAACUUGAGCGGUGGUCAGAAGCAAAGGCUGGCUAUUGCGCGAGCACGAUUAAGGAAUCCUUCUGUGUUAAUUCUCGAUGAAGCUACUUCUGCCUUGGAUCCUACUUCUCGUGUUCUGGUGUUCGAGGCUAUCAAGCAAUGGCGGGAAAACCGAACCACCAUUGUCAUCACUCACGAUCUGUCGCAGAUCACGUCGAAGGACUUCGUUUAUGUCUUGAAGAAUGGCACCGUCAUCGAGCAAGGCUAUCGCGCUGACCUUGAGCGAUCUGAAGGUGAAUUCAAGGCAAUGAUGGGCUCCCAAGCAGUUGCAGAUGUGUCAACAGUCGACGAUGAAGAGAGCCAAGAAUCGGUAACAACGGAGGAGGAUGAGGAAAAAGACCCUGUCUCUCAACCUUUCUCGUACGUUCCAACUACCCUGGUGCCGAAUAGUGCCAUCCUUGGUCACUGGAUGUUCGACGUGGUGGCGGACUUGACGUCGAAAGGUAGCGGACCCACACCUUUCCGACCCGCUGUUGUUCGGUCUCGAGAGUCUCAACGACUUAGCCGCUUUGUUCCUGCCGACGCAUUCACAGCCCAACACUCAGAGAGACGACGACGACCUUCCAGCGUGAUGGUUAUCCCUGCAUUUCCGCCACCCCCUUCUCAGACUCUCACUACCCAUACGCGCCGAUACAGCCUUCAAUUCACACCAACCUCGCCAGCAUUCUCUCACCAUUCCGCAACUUCUUUGUUGAUCAAGAAGGAUAAUUGUGCUGUGACGAGACGGAGGUCGACUAGACCUUCUCGCAUGAACCGACGCAGGGCGACCCUUGCCGACAUGCACGAGUUACCGGAUCCGGUCGUAGAUAUCAAGGUGGAGAAGAAUUUGUUUUCAUCAUCUGAAAAGAGUCUACAACUGGCUCCCGACAAUGAGCGACCCCAUUCUUUUUUGGCUUUAAUGAGGGACGUCUAUCCGACUAUACCCUACAAGCCGCUCGUCGUGUUUGGUCUGAUCAUUUGCUUGCUGAGCGGCACUGUCACCCCCAUUUUCUCCUUCGUCCUUUCUCGACUUUUCUUUGAGGUUUCUAACGGAGCCCAAAACACCUCUGUCAUCAAUACCUUCGGUGCCAUCGUUCUCAGCAUCGCGGCUGUGGACGGUCUUCUCAUGGGUUUAAAGUACUUUAUCAUGGAGACCUGUUCUAUGAUCUGGAUUACGAGCAUACGAAACAACGCCUUCCGCACCAUCUUGAAGCAGGACAAAAAGUGGUUUGACAAGUCCGAAAACAGUGCUGCUCGUAUCGUGCAAGUUUUGAUGAAGGAUGGUGACGACGCGCGGACUCUUAUUGCUAUCGUCAUCGCACAGUUUGUCGUGGUCAGUGCCAUGCUCACUGUAGGGUUUUUAUGGGCGUUGGUGCGUGGGUGGCAGAUGACGCUUGCCGGGUGUGCUAUUGCCCCUGUCUUUGCUGGAGCGAUGGCCCUUCAAGCCAAACUCGUCGCGAACUGCGAGUUACGCAAUAAACGGGCCCGAGAAGACGUUUCGAAAGGUUACUACGAGGCUAUCACUAAUAUUCGCGGCAUUCGGGCGAUGGCGUUCGAAGGCGUGUUUCGUAGGAGCUUUGAUACCGCCGCGGAGCGCGCACUUUCUACGGGCGUAAGGGGCGCUUUUGUGGAAGGAUGUACGCAUGGUGUGGCGAGUGGUCUGAUCUAUUUGGCCGAAGCCCUCCUCUUCUACGUUGGGGCUGUCCUCAUAGUGAAGGGUAUCUACACCUAUCUGCAAAUGCUAGAGGUGCUCAACAUGGUUGUGUUCACGGUCUCGAUUGGUUCCCAGUUGAUGGCUUUCACGGAGAAAAUUGCGAAAGCUACCCAUGCGACCCGUGAUUUCAAUCAGCUAUGGAGUCUUUCUACCGAUACAGACGAAUCCCGCGGCAUCUUGCGACCGUCCUUGGAUGGCACAGUCAGUUUUAACAACGUUGGCUUUGCUUAUCCUGAGCGUCCCGAUGUUCCAGUACUCAAAGGCAUCAAUAUGAAAAUCCGGGACGGUGAGUGCGUUGCCGUCGUGGGUGCCUCAGGCUCGGGCAAAUCAACCAUUGCUGCUCUUCUACAGCGGCUCUACGAACCGAAAUCGGGUACAAUAUGGACUGGCUUGGACGAGCUUCGUUCCACGGACGUUGAAUACUUGCGAGAGCACAUCUCCGUCGUCAGCCAGAAUCCCAACCUCUUCGACGCCACCAUCUCCGAGAACAUCGCAUAUGGAAACAAAUCGCUUUCGGACCAUGAUAUCCGUGUCGCUGCACGGGCGGCUCAUGUCCAUGAUUUCAUCAUGUCGCUUCCUCAUGGAUAUGAGACGAUGGUUGGUGAGAAUGCUUCCCUCAUAUCAGGGGGGCAGGCACAACGCUUGCAGAUCGCACGAGCGCUCGCGAGACCUUCAAAAAUCCUCAUCCUUGAUGAAUGCACAUCGUCCUUGGAUCCUGCCAAUCAAGCCGCGGUGCUCGAAACUAUACGGCAUGCCAAAAUUGGUCGCACGACGGUUAUGAUCACCCAUAAGCUCCCCGUUAUGAAGACAUGUGAUCGUAUAUUGGUCAUCGAUGAUGGCAGGAUUGCAGAACAGGGUACUUUUGAGCAGCUCAUGGAGCGCAAAGGUGUCUUCACGUCGCUAGUCAGUGGCGGUGGAAUCGUCUGCGAGUGAUACCUCUCCUUUCUUCCUCUCCUUUUCCCUCUUUCUUUCUUUCUUUCUUUCUUUCUUUCUGCUGCCACUGUAUCGCAUCAUUUUCUCAUUCACUAAUCAUGAAACGGAACUUGAAAGAGUAUGACUCCACUCACCACACUGUAUAUUACUUCACGCAGACGAUUUCUUUGUAUUCCUAAGUUAUGAUCAGUACGAAUACAUUAGACAUUUACUUACAUGGGCGUGUGACUUCGAAAAGAAAUGCAAUUACUAUUUUUUUUCCCAAUAUCUCAUCGAAGAGUACUUAGCGCUUAGCGUUCGUCACCUUGUUUAAUCACAACCUGUCUUUAGCUGUAUUGGACACUGACC